AUGGCCAAAUACCAGCAGUUUGUGACGGAGCAAAGCGAACGCAAUCCUAGUAUCAAAAGCCUCACGAGAUUCCUCGCAGACAAGGGACAGGAACACUUUCGAUGCCGCCUUGCACUAUCGCAGUUUUGGGCAGACAGCGACGAACCAGAGACCUGUGAAAUCAGUCUCCAGAAGCUGGGAGAAAUACUCAAAGAAACUCAGAAGGUGGAGACGAGGGUCUUGCGGGGUAGAAUUCUCGUUGUUGAAGACCUGACAAGAGAUGUCGUUGAAGUGCUUGGAUCGAGUCUACAUGUCGACCCUCUGUUCUUCGCCUCGCAUCUUCACUCACCGUGGCCGAACGUCUCUACACAAACUCCCGACAUGGCGCUGCUACCAUCCCGACGGAGAACUGAUAGAUACAUCAACAUUCACUAUCAUCGUACCAUCGUUUUCAAGGACACUGAACUCCAGAUGAGAGAGCUUCUCCGAACAUCGAAUGUGCGCAGAAAGGUUGUCCUUCUCCCAAAGACAAAAGGCGUGCGGAUAGGGUUGGCUCAGCAUUCCUGUUCGAUCUUGAAAACGUUUCUGCCCAACAAAUCUUGGAUAUAUCCGCCAAUCAGCAACGUCUACUAUGACGCAGAUGGUCACGAGAAGGAAGUCUUGCAUUCGAAUAUGGUGUCGGAGCCUUUUCUCGGCGGGUAUGAAGAUUUCUUGGAUCCCCCCGGUGCCAAAAAUGCCUCGACUUGUCCCUCCGGGCCAAGAAGAUCGAGCAUGUUGGAUGAUUUACAGUACUAUUGGAAGAGGCAAAAACCGAUAUUGUUUGAUCCCGAGUCUCCGGCAUUGAUCCAUCUGGCAUAUUAUCCACUGCGAAUCAUAGCCGCGGAGUGGGUGAAUUACUUGACGGUCAUGCAUCACAGCAUUAAGCAAUACGAAUACUCGGUCAAAGAUGGUCCAAGUGUCCUUUGGCUGUUGGAUCGGCUGGAUUCGGAUAUCCGUUCACUCCAGAGUUGGCGUCGGAGAAGCAUGUCUUCACAACAGAAAUUACACCAUGUCGCACGGUUCGUCCGCCACUCCAACCAGACACAAGCAGGCGAGGAUGGCCUGGAACUUCUUGCACAGGAUUAUGGUCACCUGGCGGCAAGUGUGGCAGAUUUUGGCGAGAGGUUCGAACGAAUGCUCCCGAUAGUCACUUCCAUGGUUCAAAUUGCCGACAGCCGCCAAUCAUUGGCCGAAGCUGCGAAUGUUACUCGCUUGACCUACCUUGCCGUGGUUUUUGUCCCGCUUUCGUUCACGACUGGCCUCUUCAGUAUGGACAGAGAUACGGCUCCCGGUAGCCAAGGCUUUUGGCAGUUCUUCGCGGUAGCAAUUCCCCUUACUAUCCUCGUUUUUAUAGUGGCGAGACCGCCAGUUGAAAAGUACCGACAGUUGAGGGGUUGGAUCGCGGGCAUAAAGCUCAAGGCACUUCCACGUUACCGGACGGAGGUCGCGGGGCUUCCAGGCAAUCGCCAAUCGUCUGUAGAGCUUGCUACAUCAAUCUAUGCUCAAAGCGAGACAUGGAAUUCUGCAGGCUCAGUCGAAGAGCACAUGGAAUAUCACUGA